CUUUCUGCAAGUCUAUGACAGAAGGGAAGACUUUCUCUUGACUUAAAACUCUAAAAAACUUGUAUAGCACCCAAAAAAAAAAAAAUCCAAAAAACUUGUUUAGUUAUAAGCUCCUUUAUCAGUCAUUUUAUGAAUAUCCAACCCCUUGAUUCCUACAAUGGCUUUGGCUUUCUUUCCUCUCUUUUCCUUUCUAUUUCUGCUACCUGCUUCUUCCGAUGCUCAAACUGUUGGUAAUGUAACGAUAGGUGCUUCUAUCUCUGCUGCUGAAAACUCCUCUACAUGGAUUUCUCCUUCAGGAGAUUUUGCCUUUGGUUUUUAUCAACUCAACAGCAACAAAAAUCUCUUCUUGCUUGCUAUCUGGUAUAAUAAGAUACCGGACAAAACUCUAGUUUGGUAUGCAAAUGGAGACAGCCCUGCGCCAAGGGGAUCAAGAUUACAGCUGACAGCUGACAGAGGGUUUGUACUUAAUAGCCCUCAAGGUGAAGAGCUAUGGAAAACUGAGACCUGGAAUGGGGUUGUUAAUAGCGGUGUUUUGGAUGAUAAUGGAAAUUUGAUGCUUUUAGGAAGUAAUUCUAUACUUUGGGAGAGCUUCAAAAAUCCAGCUGAUACUGUUUUGCCAACGCAGAAACUGGAUAAGGGAGUAGCCCUUUCUUCUCGCCAAUCAGAGACCAACUUUGCCAAGGGGAGGUUCCGGAUGGUUUUGCAGUCAGAUGGCAAUCUUGUUCUUACUACCAUAAACUUGCCCAGUGACCAUGCUAACGAGCCUUAUUACGAAAGUGGCACUGCUGGGGAUUCAAAUUCAUCCAGUCCUGGUUUCCAACUGGUCUUCAAUGAGUCAGGCUACUUGUUUGUUUUGAGAGAGAAUGAAGAAAGAUACCUUCUAACCCCGAGAAUAACAGGCUCAGCUAAAGACGUUUAUUACAGAGCAACCCUCGAUUUCGAUGGAAUUUUCACACUGUACUCUCACCCUAAGACUUCCACUGGGAAUUCAAGUUGGACUACCGUUUGGUCUGAGCCAGAUAAUAUUUGCACAGCAAGUUUGGUCAAUUCAGGUAGCGGUGCAUGUGGUUUCAACAGUAUCUGCAAUCUCAACGCCGAGAGAAGGCCAAUUUGCGGAUGUCCAGGGGGAUAUACGUUAGUCGAUCCAAAUGACAACUAUGGCAGUUGCAAGCCUAACUUCACUCAGAGCUGUGAAAAAGAGCCAGCUUCUAUGGAAGACUUGUAUGAGUUUGAAGUGCUUACUAAUGUUGACUGGCCACUAGCUGAUUAUGCACUCUUGGAGCCUUUCACUGAAGACAAGUGCAGAGAAUCUUGCUUGCAUGAUUGUAUGUGCGCUGUUGCCAUUUUUAGACUAGGUGAUAAGUGUUGGAAGAAGAAGCUACCACUGUCAAAUGGAAGAGUUGAUCCCGGUCUUAAUGGGGGAAAGGCUCUUCUCAAAAUUAGGAAAGUUGAUUCACCUCCCGAUGGUCCUUAUUUUCCAAAUCCAGGAAUGAAGAAGAAGACGAACCGGGAAACUUUGAUCCUUGCAUUAUCAGUACUUCUAGGUAGCUCUGUGUUCUUCAAUUGCAUUUUGGUUGCUGCAAUUUGUCUGGGAUUUUACUUCAUCUACCAAAAGAAACUCAAAACAUUACCCCAGAAUAAAGGUGUCAUGGAAACAAAUUUGCGUUCUUUUACUUACAAAGAGCUUGUGUAUGCUACAAACGAGUUCAAAGAAGAAAUAGGAAGGGGAGCUUUUGGCAUUGUUUACAAAGGGGCACUACAUAGAAAUUAUGUCUUUCAGGUUGCUGUGAAAAGAUUGAACACACUGAUACAUGAUUCUGACAAGGAAUUCAAGGCUGAAGUGAAUGCAAUCGGUCAAACCCAUCACAAGAACCUAGUACGACUGCUUGGAUUCUGUGAUGAAGGAGAUAAUAGGUUACUCGUUUAUGAAUAUUUGAGCAAUGGCAGUGUAGCAAGCUUCCUCUUCGGUGACCCAAGACCCAGUUGGAGCCAAAGAACUCAAAUUGCUUUUGGGAUUGCAAGAGGACUCCUCUAUUUACAUGAAGAAUGCAGCACACAGAUUAUUCACUGUGAUAUAAAGCCUCAGAACAUUCUGCUAGAUGAGCAUUGCAAUGCAAAGAUUUCUGACUUUGGAUUGGCAAAGCUUUUGUUGUCGAAUCAGAGCCACACCAAUACUCUUAUUCGAGGAACAAAAGGAUACGUGGCACCAGAAUGGUUUAGGAACUUGCCAAUAACUGUGAAGGUUGAUGUCUAUAGCUUUGGAGUGCUGCUGCUAGAACUCACGUGUUGCCGAAGAAGCGUAGAUAUGGAGAGCAGUGUAGAAGAGAGAGCAAUUUUAACUGACUGGGCUUAUGACUGCUACUGCGAAGGCACAUUGGAUGCACUGGUUGAAAAUGACACUGAUGCCUUGAAUGACAGAGGAAAAGUAGAGAGGUUUGUGCAAGUUGCCAUAUGGUGUAUUCAAGAAGAUCCGUCCCUGAGACCUACCAUGAGAAUGGUCACACAGAUGCUUGAAGGAGUUUUAGAAGUGCCCAUUCCACCAUGUCCAUGUCCGUAUGCUAUUACUGCUUGAAACUCUGCUUUUGAAGUGAUCUGAAGCAUCCUCAAUUUUCUUUCAUGUCUAAACUGUACCCAAGUUUUUUUUUUUUUUUUUAAGACUUUUAAUUAAAUAUUUGUUCAUUUAGGUUUUCGCUUCUAUCAAAGGGAGCAUUAUGUAUUGA